GUGGUCGAGCCGGAAGCGCCCACUGGGACUGGAGAUUCCUGGGGAUGGCAACCGAGAUGGAGGCGCAGAGCGUCGGGGCCGAGGACGGCUUCACCCAGGUCACCCGCAAGGGUGGCCGGCGGGCGAAGAAACGGCAGGCUGAGCCGCUGUCCGCAGCGGGGGAGGGCGGGGACGCGGGCCGCAUGGACACCGAGGAGGCCCGACCCGCGAAGAGGCCCGUCUUCCCGCCCCUCUCCGGGGACGGGUUCCUGGGUGGGAAAGAAGAAACAAGGAAAGUGCCAGUCCCAGCUAACAGAUACACGCCGUUAAAAGAGAACUGGAUGAAGAUAUUUACUCCUAUUGUAGAACAUUUGGGACUUCAGAUACGCUUUAACUUGAAAUCGAGGAAUGUAGAAAUCAGGACAUGUAAAGAAACCAAGGAUGUUAGUGCUCUGACAAAAGCAGCUGAUUUUGUGAAAGCCUUUAUUCUCGGGUUUCAGGUGGAGGACGCACUUGCCCUUAUUAGGUUGGAUGACCUCUUCCUGGAGUCUUUUGAAAUUACGGAUGUUAAGCCCUUAAAGGGAGACCACCUGUCAAGGGCAAUAGGAAGAAUCGCUGGCAAAGGAGGAAAAACCAAAUUCACCAUAGAGAAUGUGACACGGACGCGGAUAGUUUUGGCUGACGUGAAAGUUCACAUCCUUGGCUCUUUCCAAAACAUCAAGAUGGCAAGAACUGCCAUUUGUAACCUCAUCCUGGGAAAUCCUCCAUCAAAGGUUUAUGGCAAUAUUCGAGCCGUGGCUAGCAGAGCAGCAGAUCGAUUCUGAUUUCAAAUAAGAGACUUGUUAUCUUGUCUUUGGACUCUAGAGAAAAAGACCUUACCCUCUACAAGUGGUCACAAGAAACCAUGUGAAGAAUUUUUCAGUCACUUUAAGCCUCGGUCCCUUCUUCCAUUCUCAGCCAGAAGCGUAAACAGAAAGGAAAAGUUUGAUAGUAUUCACACUCAACAGCUUUGAGGAUAAUUUAAAUAUUGAAAUUUAGUACCAUUGUUAUACUUACAUAUUAAUUCUAAUUUAUCAUUUUUUAAAUCACGUGCACAUUUUCAGUUUAUAAUACUCUCAUUUGGAGGGAAAACUUGUUUAAACAGUUCUGUAUGAGUUUAUAAGUUUCUUAUUUAUAGAUUUAUAACUUUUUAUAAAUUUAUAAACACUUCUCUAUAAGCAGUAAUUGAAGAAUUAUCUCAGAAAACCUCUUUCUAUUAUGACCCUUAAUACUGGGUGGUAUGUGAAUAUUUUAGAAUCAGGUAAGCAGCAGCAGGUUAGCUGUAGUAUGUGAACCAAGAAAGGUUAAUCUUGUACCUGUUUUGCAGUUUAUAAAAUUAAAAUUAAAGACCUACAUCACAAAGUC